ACCGAUUAGGUGAUAUUAUAUAUGCACAAACUAUUUUCUAGUAACAGAAUAGAUUGUACUUACACAAUUAUCCACCAACCCCUCCACCAUGUCACAAUCCACCUGGGGGUAGAUCUUGAUGUGGGGGAAGUAAUGUAUGCAUUCCCCCAGGAGACGGUCGCCAGCUUGCCAAUGGGUGAUGAUGAUGUAUGGUUGAUCCGGGGGCGCCGGACCACAACACAACGUGAACGUCGUGUUGACCCCCCGGGCCAACCAUUCCUCAUUCAUAGUGCAAUAAAAAACGUCAAGAGUCGUGUCAUCUCUGUUCACAUUGCAUGCAUAGAGAAGAGGGGUGUUGAUACACCCCUCUACCCCGAGUACGAGCGAUAAUAGCAAGAGCAGUACUGCAGCCAUCUUUGCUCAUCACUGGACUAGUUACCCGAUUCAGUUUCACGCUUUGCACGUGCAGAAUUACCGCCAAAUUCUGUUUUCCGGAAUACGGUGACAGCUUUAACCUAAUCAGAAUUUUUCAAUUCACUAUUUAAUAUAAAAAGUCGUCAAUUAAAAAGUAUCGAUUGAAAAAAAAAAAAAAGCCUUACAACAUUUUUACAACAAUUUUACUGACUAAAUGGUGAAAACGAUCUAUAAAUUUAUUAAGUUUUUUUUUUCUUCUGAAAAUCGAAAUCUAUCCAUUGAUACAGAAGUUUGAAAACCCGUGCAAAUUUUCAUCAAAUCCAGCAACAGGUUUUAUGUAUUAAUUUUGUAUGCUUCAUUAAAGUGUUAUCAUGUAUGUACUGCAUUAGAGUAAAAGGUACCGAUAAAUUGUAAUAACUUUUACCCAAUCCUUAAUAUUUAGAACAAUAAAUAUGUUUAAAUGAGAAAAAUAAAAUUGUUGUACACGAAAUUGUAUACGUAACAGAAUCAUAUGAGCUGAAUGCUGACACAGUGUAAAAUUAAAUGUGUUACACAAGUGUCGUGUGGAGAAAAAAAAACCGGUUUGUCAAGAAAACACCAUUUAAAAUUUUAAACAUUCACCAUUCUAGGUUUUCAUUGGUCGUUUCGAUUCUACCCAGUUUCACACCCAUAUCGGUGAUAUAAAAAAGCGCGCAAACCCCACUAACCGUCACUUCUGGCGCAAAAAUGGAACAAAAUAUCUACGGAAAAUUUGAACUUACGAGUCAUACAAAGAAAGAUGGUUCGACUGAAACAUCCUUGUCAAGCAGAUUAAAUAGUCAAACUAGUAUAUCCGUAAAUCUCUUCAACGGAGUGGUUUAUGUGCAUAUUAAGAAGGAGAAGAAGUACUACCUACCCCUAACACUUGAUGAAUAUCAAGAUUUGACGGACCUUAGGGGGAACCUGGAGGAUAACCUCUAUUUGAUUAAUCAGGGUCAAAAUCAAGAGGAGAGCAAGCCGAAGCCUGAACAGGGCAGUAGUGAUGUAAGACACGUACUUGUAGCUGAAAGGAGAAUGCAUCCAUAUACUCGCAAGAGCCAGUCAGGAGCAGGAGCGGGAAAUAACAGUUAUGCAGAUGAAUUUGACCAAUAUCUGCAGUCAUCGUUUCAAUAAGCGAGUUAUCUCUCUUAUAGCAUUUCUAUUAUACAAUAAUAUCGACGUCUCUCAAUAAUGUAUCGUAAACGUCUCACUAAGUCGCUCGUAGAUUUAAACGGGGAUGUAUUAUUAAGAGAUACAUCGUACUGUGCUACUAAUCUAUGUUUCAUCAGUAUCUUAUUCGGUUGUCACGAGGUCGACAUCUGUCGAUCUGUCAUCUAUCGUUAUCUUGUAAAAGCCAUAAUGAGGCGCUAUCCAGAAUUCAGAAACGAAACUCGUUUCUUUGUCGACAGUGUAGUAGAGUUGAAAUAUGGAAGAGUUCGUUCCCAAAUGAAAAGGCUAACCAGACAUCGAUAUUAUUGUAAAGUAGAAGUCGUGUUUAGCACGUAUAAUGAAGAGACGGUGUUUGAUUGUAUCUCAGACAAACGACUGUGUUCGGUGAAAUGUCUGUAAUGCUGAUGUCUUCUUUCUUGAUGCGGUCGACGUGUGCUUGAGCCAUGGAAAUGAAGUCCGUUGAGUCCGCUCUCCUUUAUAUAUCACACGUAAUUAUAACAUGUGCUAGUCUGCUCUUAUAAAAAACUAACAUGUUAACAUGCUAAAAUAAAAUGUGUUAGCCUGUACAUCACCUUGUACUAACACGUACCACCGUGUCAUCUUUAUGUUGAUGACCACCGAGGUGUGUAAUUAUUGAUAUUAUCUCGGCACGACAGUGUCGGGAGGUGAUUGUACGUUCUGUUAGAUCAACGAUCGUGUACUGACACGUACCACCGUGUCAAGACUUCAUCUUUAUGUUGAUAAAAAAAAACUAACAUGUUAACAUGCUAGCUGCUCUUACAUGCUAAACUAACCUGUUACAUGCUAUCAACAACUAACAUGUUAGCAUGCAUGUUUGAACACGCCUAAAAUACUACUACUUCUGGCUACAAUUAAACAAAAGCAUAAUGAAAAUGUUGAAGUAUAUGCGGAGCGCCUCACUGACAUCGCGCGCGAUUCAUUUGGUAAUGACCUAAAAAAUGAAUUAAUACAAAGACAACUGGUCGGAUACUUUAUAAAGGGAUUGGGUAAUUCAGCUAUAAGAAUGAAACUGAUGCGCGAUAGUCCAAAAACGUUGAAAAUAGCACUGGAAAUAGCCAGAAGAGAACAAAACCUUAGGCAUAGGUUCGCUUUACAUUCUUUAUCACCACGACAUUCUGAUAG